AUGAGCUUCAAAACUUUUGCUGCGUUCUUUCUUACGGCUCAGCUGGUUGCUGGCGGCCCAGUGUAUAGUCGUGAUGCGGAGGUCCUUGAGCAGAGGCAGGCGCCGCCGAAUCACAAUGAUUUCAGCUGCCGGAGCGCCACGCAUCCGAAUCCUGUGAUCAUUAUGCAUGGUCUGGGCGCGACCUACUAUGAGGACCUCAACUAUCUCGAAUCAUACUUGAAAACUCAGGACUUCUGCACAUUUUCCAUCACUUACGGGGACUACCCAGGCUUUCCAUUUGUGGGUGGACUGGAGUACAUCAACAAAUCUUCCGUGGAGCUCGCAGACUUUGUUCGAGAAGUGCAGACGAAGACUGGUGCCGCUAAAGUCGACUUCGUAGGCCACUCCGAAGGCGCCUUCCAGUCCUUGUAUGUGCCGAAGUUCACAGGCGUCGCCAACAUUGUGCAAAGAGUGGUCGCGAUCGCACCUCCAACUCACGGAACCACCUUCGGAAACCUAUACACCUUGAGCUACAUUGGAGGCAACCUUACCAAGGGACUUGUCGAUACUGUGCUUGCAAAGUUUGGCUGCAGAGCGUGCACUGAUCUUGUGACUGAUGGAGGCGCGGUUCAACGGCUUACGAAUGGACCAAUUGCUCAGCCUGGAAUCAAAUACACAAUCUUGACGUCGAGGUACGAUGAGUUGGUUACACCUGUGGAGACUGCAUUUGUCAAUGAGCCUGGAGUUGAGAAUCUUUUCAUUCAAGACUAUUGCCCUAACGAUCCAGUUGGGCACAUUGGCGAAGCAUACGACCGAAAUGUGUGGGCGAUUGUCCAGAAUCGCCUCAGCGACAACCCGGCCGGUCCAACUGUCUGCGUGAAAGGCUCUCCCGGAAAAUAG